AUGUACCGACCCCCAUCCACACGUCUUUGGUGCUCUAUUCAGACUACAACUCCAAUCCUGAAGCAGCACUGCCGCUCAAUAUCAAAAGCUUCCACACUAUCCUACCCUGACCAUCCCAACAACAUCCCUUCCCAGACCAACUGGAACUCCAACGAUGACUUCUUCAAAUUCACCCGUGGUCGCUUUCUCGUCUCCGAAGCAGAAAAUCUUCGAGCCCGAGAAAUCCGAUUCGACAUGAACCAACUCGCAAGGGUCGCGGCCGAGUCGAUCGGCGCUACCCAAUGCAUCUCUAUCACAAAGUACCCCGACGGGAUGUUCAACAAAGCAUUCCUGAUGACCAUGGACGAUGGCCGAGAAGUCGUAGCCAAGGUGCCCAACCCAAACGCUGGCGUUCCAUAUUUCACUACGGCCAGUGAAGUCGCCACGAUGGACUUUGCCAGAACAGUUCUAGACACACCAGCACCCCGUGUGUAUUCAUGGAACUUACGUGCGGAAUCGCACCCUGUUGGGGCUGAGUUCAUCAUCAUGGAGAAAAGCGAGGGCGUUCCACUGUCUCAAGUCUGGGAUACGCUGAAACUACCCCAGAAGCUCCAGGUGCUUCUUGCCAUGACGCGUCUUCAGAAGCAAUGGCUGAGCGUUUCUUUCUCGCAUUACGGUGGCUUGUACUACGUGCGAGACGUGCAGAUAUCCCCAGGAAACCACUACGUGAAGGAUGGCAAGGUUGUCUAUGAUUCAAAGUUCGCCAUUGGACCUGCUACAGGUCGGGACUGGUUUGAUGCGGAUAGAUCGACAUUGGAUAUCGAGAGAGAGCCAUGGACUUCUUUGAAGCAGUACCUGCAAGCAAUUGGCACGCGAGAGACGAAAGCAAUCCAAUCCCUCAACCCCCCCAAACAAAUAGCCCUAUUCUGCGGUCCAAAGCUCUACCAACCAGACACCGAAAAGAAGCUUGCUGCCUUAGCAUGGUAUCAACAAAUCGUCGAUACUCUUAUCCCAAAGGACACCGCCAUCAUCAAUCCGCGUCUCUGGCAUAAUGAUCUGCAUGAUGACAACAUUUUCGUGGACCCGCAUAACCCCGAAAAAAUCACGGGAAUCAUCGACUGGCAGUCCUGCCACAUCUCGCCACUCUUUAACCACAAUCCCGAUCCAGCCUUCCUCCACUGGGAUGGCCUUGAGCCCGAAACGCUCGACCUGGUACCACGACCGAACCUCUCUGGGCUCUCACCGGAAGAAAGGUCCGCGGCAGUGCUUGAGUAUACUAUACAAAAUGUGUUCAUCGGCUGGCGUAAACUCAUGCAUGCCAAAAACCCCGACCUGUAUCAAAUCGUCAAUUUCCGAAAGACGCCAGCAUACGGGCUGAUAUUCGUCGCCCACCGCAUGUUCGAAUACGGCGAAGCGCACUUCCAAUCACUUCUGGUCGAUCUGGAGGACACAUGGGCAGACCUACCUGCCGUCACCAGCGAUGUCCCAUUCCCAUACCAAUUUUCAGAAGCGGAUAUCGAGCGGAUCAGGUCAGAUAGCGACGGUGCAGUAGCAGGUACUGACCUUGUUGCGGAGGUCAAAGAGCAACUGGGCGAUUUAUGGCCCGACAAGGGAUUGAUUGAGCAUGAGCAAUACGAGGAUUGCAAAGCUGCCCUCAACGAAAUCAAAGCCCAGAUCUUGGAGCAAUUGGCUGAAACUGACGAGGAAAAGGCUGAAUACGAGCGUUAUUGGCCAUUCGACUGA